UUCUUUUCUGCUUUUCAUUUCUUCUUCCUCUUUCUCUUCUUUUUUCUCCCCACCGACCACCUGUCUUCUCCUGCUGCUGCGCCUCCUCACCACCUCCAUCAUUUCUCCUGCGGUUGAUUAAGUUUCUGCUGCUGCUGCUGCUAAGUUUCCUUCACAAGCUGCCCUAAUCUUCACACGAAACCAACAAAUCAAGUAAAGUCACAGGAAGUAAAGUGUUUGAAGAGGUAAUAUUUAGCGAUUUCAAAAAUGCGAGCUCAAGCACUUAGCCACCAUCACAAUCCUCUUGCUGGGAUUGCCACUUUUUCUCCCAAAUCAGCAAACAUUAGAAGGAGAUGUAACUCCACUGUGCGAAUGGCACUCAAGGCAGAUGGCCCAUCGAUAGCUGUUGUGGGUGUUACUGGUGCUGUUGGACAAGAGUUUUUGAGUGUACUCUCAGAUCGUGACUUCCCUUACAGAAGUAUUAAAAUGCUUGCUAGUAAAAGAUCUGCAGGAAAACACCAAGAAUUUGAGGGGAAAGAUUAUGUUAUCGAAGAGUUGACUCAUGAGAGCUUUGAUGGUGUUGAUAUUGCAUUGUUUAGCGCUGGAGGAUCAAUAAGUAAAGAAUUUGGGCCUGCUGCAGCUGCACGUGGUUCGAUUGUUAUUGAUAACAGCUCUGCAUUUAGGAUGGAUGCAAAUGUCUCACUUGUUAUUCCAGAAGUUAAUCCAGAUGCCAUGUCUCACAUUAAACUUGGGUCUGGCAAAGGAGCUCUUAUUGCUAAUCCAAACUGUUCUACCAUUAUCUGUUUAAUGGCAGCAACACCUCUACAUCGCCAUGCCAAGGUAAAGCGAAUGGUUGUUAGCACAUAUCAAGCAGCUAGUGGUGCAGGUGCCGCCGCAAUGGAGGAGCUUGAACUACAGACUCGUGAGGUCUUGGAAGGAAAGGAACCUACCUGUAAAAUUUUCAGUCAGCAGUAUGCUUUUAAUUUGUUUUCACACAACGCACCUAUUACCUCAAAUGGGUAUAAUGAAGAGGAAAUGAAAUUGGUAAAGGAGACUAGAAAAAUAUGGAAUGACAACAAUGUUAAGGUGACAGCCACUUGUAUAAGAGUUCCUGUGAUGCGUGCACAUGCUGAGAGCGUGAACCUUCAGUUUGAGAGCCCACUUGAUGAGGACACGGCAAAGGAAAUUCUUCAAAAAGCUGCUGGUGUUGUUGUUAUUGAUAACCGAUCCGCUAAUCACUUUCCUACUCCGCUAGAGGUAUCAAACAAAGAUGAUGUUGCAGUUGGAAGAAUACGCCAAGACGUUUCUCAAGAUGGAAAUCAAGGGCUGGAUAUAUUUGUCUGUGGGGAUCAAAUUCGUAAGGGAGCGGCUCUUAACGCAAUACAGAUCGCAGAGUUAUUGCUGUAAUUUGAGAGUUUAUUCGCCAUAAGUUUUGGUAUGACUUAGAGUUUUGGAUCUCCGGCUAAUGUGUCUCAGAUUACCAGAUACUAGUUUUAUUGCAUUUUUGUUAGGUUGGUUUUAUUGCAUCGUCCGUCGUGUUCAAUCUAAGAAAGACGGUGUAAUUUUGAUUGUACUGAAAACUCAAUUUUGCUUUUGAUUCAAUUAAUUUUAGAGAUACCAUCG